UAUACAUUGCUAAUUAUUCGUCAUACAUUAUUAGUUUUAACAAUUAAAAUCUGGGUAUUUGAUGGUACGUCUCUGCUGAGAAACAGAUAAUUAAACCAUCAAUAAUGGGUUGUCUGUACUCAAAAUCAUCUUCAUCCGAUUGUCCGAGGUCCGUCGAGUUCGCCGUUUUGGGUGAAGCCGAGAAAUCUGUUAAAAAUAUGUCUCCUCUUAGAAAUCAGAAAUAUUUCUUUUACGAACAACCAGAAUCUACAACAAAAUCAACUUCGAACAAACCGAAAAAUAAAGAAGAAUGCAGAGUCGUGACCUUCACACCAAAAUCAGAGAUUCGAAACUUCUAUUCUGACUAUUGUAUACCCAUUUAUUCGGAUUCUGUGUUUGAUAAUGAUUUACUCUCCGAAAUAAAAUCAGGAACAAUGGUUCUUUUUACAGAAGAAGAAUUGGAAAAUCUUUUUGAGGAAUUUUCCAUUAAAGACGAAACAUCUGAAGAAUUAUCUUUCACUAAAGUGAAGAUUUUGACUUCAAAUACGGACAAUAAUGAAAAUCGAGGCAUUUUAUCUACUGUAAAAGAAAAUAUUACCUCAUAUGCCGCAAAACAGAUUAUUGACUUCAUUUUCACACAUUUUAAACCUUAAAAUCAAUUCAGUUCUGUUUCUAAAUAUAAAUUAAAUGAUCUAUGCCACCAAAUUAAUUAAAAUUGUAUAAA